GUUCAUCCACCCAUUCAAAAUUAAAUAAUCAAUGCCAUAGACAUGAAUGCCCUGAAGUUGAUCCUGGCGGCAAAUAAAGUACCAUCACCCAGUACAGUAAAUCAGUUGCCAUACCAGAUUCAACAGCAAAGCAAAUAUGUACACACCCAACAACGCAAUAGUUCCGUAUUCGCCAGCCCACGGCACAACUUUGAUUUCACGGCCAAGAUAGAAAACAAAUCGAGAUCCGAUUAUUCCGGUCGAAAUCAGCACGAGCAGGAAGUUACGCCGAUGACUCCCGAGUGUGGCCCACCAUGCUUCGGUGAGCCACCGCGUCUUGAUAACACCCGCUACCGACCAAGCAAGAGCUACGACCGCGAAUAUCAGCAGACAUGGACGGAGUUUGCAGGCGAUAGCGUGCGCUCACAGCGAGGAAUUUGUUUAUUUUUGCCCGUGGAGUACAAUCGUCGUAAGCCGCCUGCACCACGCUGCAGCUCUGCAACCACAAGUAGAUGUAAGUUGAUCAUGGAAAUGGAGGGACCCAAGUUGAAGGAGGCAUCCAUGAAGAUUGACCGCUCCCCGAAAACGCAACUGUGUGAGUGUCCACGCGCAUCAAAAAACACUCGCUGCAGAUACAAGCCCAAAAAAACCCCAAAGGAGCGACGUCAGACCCAGUAUCCAAGCUUCUCGGAGUGCAAGCAAGAGCGAUUGGUUAAGCCGCCUUACGUAGAGUGUAAAUGCCUGAGCGGCUCAAUGUGUGAAAUGUGGCGUACCUACAGACGCCUCAAUAAACGACGACUGCAUCGUGAUGGCUAACUUGUAGCUGGCUUUACAUUUUUACUCUACUCAGUAUUUUACUUUUAUAUUUUAGACAGUAGGAAAUAACCUUAAAAUUCCCUUAUUGCAAAUUAAGUUCAUUUUUAAGAACAAGAAAGGAAUGCUAAAGUCGAGCAGGCUCAACUAUUAAAUACCCUAUACCACAAAAAAAUAUAUAUAUAUUAAAAAAAUUUAAUUAAAUAAAUUAAAUAUAAAAUAUUCCA